GCCCACUGACCCAUUUUGGUCAAGUGUCGGGAAAACUGUGGAACCCUGGUAAAACCCUAGGAAAACUUUUGCUUUCAGAAGCACACACAGAUUGCGGGCUUAAAAGCUGUGACCUUUGGUUAGUUGAAGAGACUCAGAAGGAGCAAAAGCUCACAAACACAGAGACUCUGAUACUCUCUAUUCGGCUUGCCACUACCAUUUUCAUGGCGCAGUUGAAGUCAAUUUCGCCAUGCUCCUCCACCGGUCUCUCUUUUCCGGGACCCAAAAGAGCUUCGAUGCAAUGUCAUGAUAAAGUAUGUUGCCCAAGGAAAUUUCCAUCAAGCUAUGAGUUGGGGGCAAGAACUAGUGAGCUCCAUGGAAAUGCAUGUGCGGUUAUUAGCAAUAAUGGUAGUGUUGCUAGAGCACAUAGCAAGCAAGUUAUUAGAGCAGUAGCUUACAAAGAGUCUGAAAUAUCUGAAACUUCAAAGAAUAAAGGGUUACGCGGCAAAUUGAAUAAAGUUGUUCUGGCCUAUAGUGGUGGCUUGGACACAUCAGUUAUUGUUCCAUGGCUAAGGGAGAACUAUGGUUGUGAAGUUGUUUGCUUCACUGCUGAUGUUGGCCAAGGUAUAAAGGAACUGGAUGGCUUGGAACAGAAGGCCAAGGCUAGUGGGGCUUGUCAAUUAGUAGUGAAGGACUUGAAGGAAGAAUUUGUGGGAGAUUUUAUUUUUCCUUGCUUGCGAGCUGGUGCAAUUUAUGAGAGGAAAUACUUGUUGGGGACCUCAAUGGCCCGUCCUGUUAUUGCUAAGGCAAUGGUCGAUGUCGCAAAUGAAGUUGGAGCUGAUGCUGUAGCUCAUGGAUGCACGGGGAAAGGAAAUGACCAGGUCCGCUUUGAGCUUACAUUCUUUGCUUUGAAUCCUAAACUAAAUGUUGUGGCUCCUUGGAGAGAGUGGGAUAUUACUGGUAGAGAAGAUGCUAUUGAAUAUGCUAAGAAGCACAAUGUGCCUGUCCCUGUGACAAAGAAAUCUAUAUACAGCAGAGAUGGGAACUUAUGGCACCUUAGCCAUGAGGGUGAUAUCUUGGAAGACCCAGCUAACGAACCGAAGAAGGAUAUGUACAUGUUGACGGUGGAUCCGCAAGAUGCACCCAAUGAACCUGAGUAUGUGGAAAUUGGAUUUGUCUCGGGGAUUCCAGUUUCAGUCAACGGGAAGGAGCUGUCCCCAGCAUCCCUACUCUCUGAGCUCAACCAGAUUGGUGGAAGGCAUGGAAUUGGCCGCAUUGACAUGGUCGAAAACCGGUUGGUUGGCAUGAAGAGCCGAGGAGUGUAUGAAACCCCUGGUGGUACAAUCUUGUUCAACGCAGCACGUGAGCUUGAGUCCUUGACUCUGGAUAGAGAAACAAUGCAAGUUAAAGAUUCAUUGGCCCUCAAAUACGCAGAGCUGGUUUAUGCAGGCAGGUGGUUUGACCCACUCCGGGAGUCCAUGGAUGCAUUCAUGCAGAAGAUCACCGAGACGACAACAGGUUCAGUGACUCUGAAGUUGUACAAAGGCUCUGUUGCAGUAACAAGCAGGAAGAGUCCAUAUAGUUUGUAUAGGCAAGACAUUUCGUCAUUUGAGAGUGGGGAUAUAUAUGAUCAAGCUGAUGCUGCUGGAUUUAUUAGGCUCUAUGGUCUUCCUAUGAGAGUUCGAGCAAUGCUUGAGAAGGGUAUUUAAGAAUCUUCGUGUAGUUUAUUUGCAACCUAUGGUUUAUUUGACUCCAUUGCGAGUAACUUUUUCCCGGGCAGGACAUUGUUAGUGAUUUAAUUAUGUAGAGGUUCUGUAAACUUAAAUAUAUGUGUAUGAGUAUUAAAUAAAUUAUGUUUGAAGAAAUCUAGUUAAAAAUAUAUUGAGCAAACUUUGGCAAAGACCAUUGAUUUUAA